AUGUUCGAACUUGGUAAUCAGCCUACUGGGCCGGUGCCUCCUGAUCGGAGACUGACUGAAUUCACGCAGUAUCAGAGAGUUGCCGACUGGUUGGCCAGUAUCGAUCGGCCGGAUGGGAUGAGAUUUCUCGACAUGGAGAGCGGCGCGAUGAUGGCGUUCAUGAAGAAACUGGACACGAAGACGAGGUAGCAGAAGAUCGAAAGUGCCCCAGAAACCGAGGUCCGUUUCAGAUCGAACCUGGAGAAGACGUGCCGGACACUGCUAACCCUCUCCCGCAGCCAAAAACCCCGCCUCCAACUGUUGAACCUCCGCUUCACAACCGCUUGGAACCACGAUCAGUUCGUGGAAAUCAGUGCCCAUUUCAACGGAGAACACACCUUCCGCGCCGUCUUCAUUUCCAAGAAGAAGAGUCCGAAUUGGAUAACCGGCGGAUGGUCGACGGAGAGAAAUAAGAACAUCAGUUCGGGAAAUUGGGCAGCCGAGAAGUUGAGACUGGGCGCCACGUUCCUCGGGAAGACUUCCAGAUACAUUGAGCACUGGCUCAAGAACUUUGAGUACGACGUGCUCCGAAUCAAGAUUGAGAACGUGGUGCCUGGUCGGGAGGAUGACAUCCAGCAGCUGAACUACAUCGGGAACCUUCCGCAGUUGAAAGUGAAAAAGUUCAUACUCGACGGAUCCAACAAUCAACGCUUCAUCAACAACUUCAUGAACGCGCUGGUUCCGAACGGAGAGCCGCUCGAUGCGAACAAAAGAGCUCUCGAGUUGGAACUGAUUAAUGUUCCCAAACUACAAGUGGUCUUCCAUCAUCCAUUGGUACGUGGCCAACAGUUUAAUUUAUGAAAUGGUUUCGAAUUCAGGUGACGAAUGGAUGUGUGCACGUGAACUAUCGGAAAGAGAACAUGCAUUUCACCUGGAAGAUACUCAAUUACGUCAAUCCACCGACAAUGAACAUUGUAGCGAGAAAAGUGCCAGCGGAUGCCGUUAACUCUUUUUUGAAGGUACAUUCAGAUGAAUCCAUAAUAGCUGAGUGUCUGUUUGCAGCGUUGGAGUCGCGGAGCAAUAACGGAAGACUUCCGCUACUUGCACAUAACGGAAACGACGCAGUGGCGCUCUCAGGAAAUGAGAAUGGCCGAGGUGCUCAAAGGCUUGCGAGUCCAGCGCGUUCUCCUGACCACCGCCCUCCAAUUGUCAGUCCGUUUCCCUCGUUCGCCCUCGUAUCGUUCCGUUUCCAGACGCAUCUUCCUUCCGGAUUUUGGCGAGAGGCCUUCUGAAAUCUACUACGUGUGCGGACCGCGCGCCGCGUUCUGUGUCCACUCCAACAAUCAGUUCGUCUUCGAAGUUCCCUUGCUCUCCGAUCUUCCGAAGAUUGCCUCGAUUCCGCCGAUCUUUCCGAACGAUUACGACGAAUUCGAACAGCACAGAAACCGUCUUUAUCUAAAGUUAUUCAGCGGCAGAUUCCUUCGUUUCUUCGGUUGA